AAUGUCUUCAGGCGUUUAUCGUGGAGGAGUUUUAAAAUUGAAAGGGAAAAAGCAAUUAUUUAAGUCAAAGAAGAAUACAGAGAAGAAUGCCAAAGCUAGUUCAUCAAAAGUUGAUGAGGAUGCUGAUGAAAGAGGCGGUUGGAGAAGAAUAGAAAACGAAGCCGAAUUGAAAGGAGGAAUUGAUAUUGCUAUUGAACAUGGGGAUUUUUCAAAGUGUUAUUUGUCUGCUAUGGACAACGGCAAAUUCACUCUUGGCGCUAGACAUGUGUGUCAUGGAGAGCCUCCAAAUCCUGAAGAGAUUUUAUCUUUAAUUAAAUGCCCUGACGAGCCUAAAAUAAGCCUCAAAACAGGUUUUGGAAAAUAUGUUGGAUUUGAUUCUGGAGGUUGCCUAAUUGCGACUGCUGACGCUAUUGGUGAUAGAGAACGCUUUGGAGUUGUAUUUCAAGAUGGAAAGUCAGCAUUGCUUGCCCAUAAUGGAUUUUUUCUUUCACUUGCACCGGAUGAUGACGGCUAUGUUUAUGUCAGCUCAAAAACAGCGCAUGCCAAUGAAAUUAUCAACAUUCGAACAAAUACAGAAAAGGAAGGCCCCGUAGAUUGGCUCACUGCUGACGAUAAGAAAAAGGCUGCUGAUUGUGAAACUGCUUAUGUUAAAAUGUAUCAACAUUCACGAGUUGAACUGAAAAACAAAUGCAUCAGUUAUAAUGUUGCAGACAAAUCUGAAGUGAAAAGGGCACAGAGGGAAGGUGAUUUACAUGAAACUCUUUUGAAUCGACGAGCGAAAUUAAAAUCGGAUAAGUAUUGCUAA